AUAUUAUAACAAAUAAACCACAUAUAUUACGCAAAAGAACUGAUUUCCCAAAAUUUAGUGAUAUUAAUUCGAUAAGUCUAAUAGAUAAAAACAAAGGCAAUGAGUCUGUGAUACUAAACAAGGAGUGUAUUACCAAAAACAUUGAUAUUUCAUUAAAUAUCGGAGAAUCUCACAUGAUAAUGUCUAUGGAUGAAAACCAUAAAUAUAAUGAAGAUGUGUCAAACAGAGAUUGUAAUAAGAAGUUGACUGAUGUUACAUCAAAUACUGAUAUUAAUUCGAUAAGUCUUAUAGAUAAAAACAAAGACAAUGAGUCUGUGAUACUAAACAAGGAGUCUAUUACUAAAAAUAUUGAUGUUUCAUUAAAUAUUGGUGCAUCUGACAUGAUAAUGUCUAUGGAUGAAAGGGAUAAAAAUAAUGAAUCUGUACCAAAUAAAGAUUCUAAUGAGGAGAUGACCGAUGCUACAUCAAAUACUGAUAUUAAUUCAAUAAGUCUUAUAGAUAAAAACAAAGACAAUGAGUCUGUGAUACUAAACAAGAAGUCUAUUACUAAAAAUAUUGAUGUUUCAUUAAAUAUUGGUGCAUCUGACAUGAUAAUGUCUAUGGAUGAAAGGGAUAAAAAUAAUGAAUCUGUACCAAAUAAAGAUUCUAAUGAGGAGAUGACCGAUGCUACAUCAAAUACUGAUAUUAAUUCGAUAAGUCUUAUAAAUAAAAACAAAGGCAAUGAGUCUGUGAUACUAAACAAAGAGUCUAUUACUAAAAAUAUGAUGUUUCAUUAAAUAUUGGUGCAUCUGACAUGA